CGGGUGAGCGGCUGCGGGGAGCGGUUGGCGGCGGCCGCUGCUCGACCCCCACCCAGUCCCGGCCUCGCUCCCGCUCCCGUGCCGGGUCCCGGUCCCGGUCCCGGUCCCGCCGCCACCAUGUCGGUCCCCAGCGCCCUCAUGAAGCAGCCGCCGAUCCAGUCCACGGCGGGCGCCGUGCCCGUCCGCAACGAGAAGGGCGAGCUCUCCAUGGAGAAGGUGAAGGUGAAGCGGUACGUGUCGGGGAAGCGGCCCGACUACGCGCCCAUGGAGUCCUCGGAGGAGGAGGAUGAGGAGUUCCAGUUCAUCAAGAAGGCGAAGGAGCAGGAGGUGGAGCCUGAGGAGCAGGAGGAGGAGCUCGCCAACGACCCCCGGCUCCGGCGCCUCCAGAACCGCAUCGCCGAAGACGUGGAGGAGCGGCUGGCAAGACACCGUAAAAUCGUGGAGCCUGAAGUGGUUGGAGAAAGCGAUUCGGAGGUGGAGGGGGAAGCUUGGCGCCUGGAGCGGGAGGACACCAGCGAAGAGGAGGAGGAAGAGAUCGAUGAUGAGGAGAUUGAGCGUCGGCGCGGGAUGAUGCGUCAGCGAGCACAGGAGAGAAAAACCGAGGAGAUGGAAGUGAUGGAGUUGGAGGAUGAGGGUCGAUCGGGAGAAGAGUCCGAGUCAGAGUCUGAGUACGAGGAGUACACGGACAGCGAGGAUGAAAUGGAGCCGCGCCUCAAACCUGUCUUCAUCCGCAAGAAGGACCGGAUCACAGUUCAGGAGCGAGAAGCAGAGGCCCUGAAGCAGAAGGAGCUGGAGCAGGAGGCAAAGAGGCUGGCAGAGGAGAGGCGCAAGUACACGCUCAAGAUCGUGGAAGAGGAAGCGAAGAAGGAGCUGGAGGAGAACAAGCGCUCACUGGCAGCACUGGACGCACUUGAUACAGAUGAUGAGAAUGACGAGGAAGAGUAUGAGGCUUGGAAAGUACGUGAGCUGAAGCGUAUUAAACGGGACCGUGAAGAACGAGAAGCCAUGGAGAAGGAGAAGGCAGAGAUUGAGCGCAUGCGGAACCUGACGGAGGAGGAGCGCCGCGCCGAGCUCCGCGCCAACGGCAAGGUCAUCACCAACAAGGCGGUGAAGGGCAAAUACAAGUUCCUGCAGAAGUACUACCACCGCGGCGCCUUCUUCAUGGAUGAGGAUGAGGAGGUGUACAAGAGGGACUUCAGCGCCCCGACCCUCGAGGACCACUUCAACAAGACCAUCCUGCCCAAAGUCAUGCAGGUCAAGAACUUUGGGCGCUCGGGGCGGACGAAGUACACGCACUUGGUGGACCAGGACACCACCUCCUUCGACUCUGCCUGGGGCCAGGAGAGCGCACAGAACACCAAGUUCUUUAAGCAGAAAGCAGCGGGCGUACGGGAUGUCUUUGAGAGACCCUCAGCCAAGAAGCGAAAAACCACUUAAGGGUAGGGGCAGGAGGGCGCAUCUCUGCCAGCUGCCGGGAGCCUGGGCAGGGACAGAAGGGACGCAGCGCUGUGCCAGGACUCGUGUGGUGACCAGCCAGCCCUUCCCCUGCCCCUGUGGGCUCCCUGCCCGGGCACCGUGGAGGAUGUGGGCCGGUCUGUGCUGGCCAGGCCCGCAGCCACACCAGUCCCACCAGCAGCUGCCGCGAGAGCCUGGGCAGUGCCUGACAGCACUGUGCGGGAGCACGCCCACUUUUGGAGGAAUUAACGGACUUUUAUACCCAUCUGGUCCACAGCAUCUCCCUAGCGCUUGUACUUUCCUCACUGUCACUUCGGGCCCUUUUUUGGUGUGGAACAGUGGUGACCCUGUCUCCUCACCCUGUUCCUGCAGGGCUCGGCUUUUCUACCUGUGCGGGGGAGGGGGCGGGGGGUCAGUUUGAUUAAAGCAGUUGUUUUGUUACACA